UUAUUCAUUCCUUGCCAGUAAGCGGAACGUUUAACGUUUAACUGCUUGUCUCCGAGACCAGCCAAACUUCUCAUCAACGCCAGAGCGACACUUCGCAUUUGACCAACGAGAAAAAUAAAGAAAAGAAUCUAACUACAACACUCUUUCCUUCAUAAAUUAACAGAGAGAGAAAAAGACAUUUGUAGACGGAAAUAAAUCCUCCUGCGACACAACCCAAAGAAUACUUAGCUUAGUCGCGCCGUGGGGUGUUCAACUCUGUUAUUUAUCUUUUGUUUCCCUUUUUUUGACAAACAAAGAUGAAAACCAAAUUUAUCAACGGGGUUUCUUCUUCCCCCACCCUGUCACUGGGUCUGCUGGUGACCGAGAACGCCCUGCAGGUCCAGCCAGACACCGUGGAGGACUGCAAGGAGCUGGUCCGUCCAGACCAGCCCGACAUGGACACUCAGCGCAAGGCUUAUCUGUGGUGCAGAGAGUUCCUCCACGGAGCCUGGAAAAGCCUGUCUGAGGACGAUUUCAAUAUCACCAUCAUAAGGGGUGGUCUAAGCAACAAGCUGUUCCUAUGCAGCCUCCCUGACAGCCUGGAUACUGUUGGGGACGAGCCCAGGAACGUCCUGCUGCGACUCUAUGGGGCCAUCCUGCAGGUGGGAGCCAUAACUCUGUUUUUACAGUACAAACAGAGAAUGUCCUGUAAUAAAGGAGAUUCCCGACAGUCAAACAAAGAAAAUCACUUCCAAGGGGCGGAGGCCAUGGUCUUGGAGAGUGUGAUGUUUGCUAUCUUGGCGGAGAGGGAGCUGGGCCCUAAACUCUAUGGUAUUUUCCCUCAGGGCAGGCUGGAGCAGUAUGUCCCUAGUCGUAAACUGGACACCUGUGAGUUGGGCGACCCCAGCAUCUCAGCAGAGGUUGCAGAGAAGAUGGCGAAGUUUCAUGGAAUGAGGAUGCCCUUCAACAAAGAGCCAAAGUGGCUGUUUGGAACCAUGAACAAGUAUCUGAACCAAGUGAUGAGGCUGAACUUCACCAGAGAGUCCCACCUGCGUCGCUUCAACCGUCUGCUCAGCUACAACCUGCCGCAGGAGAUGGAUAUGCUCAAGUCUCUGCUGGAGUCCACCCACUCUCCGGUAGUUUUCUGCCACAAUGACUGUCAAGAAGGAAACGUCCUACUGCUAAAGGGCCGCCAGAGCUCAGACAAACAGAAGCUGAUGCUCAUUGACUUUGAGUACAGCAGCUACAAUUAUAGGGGAUUCGAUAUUGGCAAUCAUUUCUGUGAAUGGAUGUACGACUACACCUGUGAGGAGUUUCCUUUCUUCAAAGUUAACGCCCAGGCCUAUCCUUCAAAGGCCCAGCAGCUGCACUUUAUUGAAAGCUACCUGCGUGAGUCUGAUCAAGGCUUUGACAACCUGAGUGAAGAGGACCAAAUGAAACUGAAGCAGGAGCUUUAUGUGGAGGUCAACAGGUUCGCCCUGGCGUCUCACUUUUUUUGGGGCUUGUGGUCGGUCAUCCAGGCCCGGCUCUCCACCAUCAAGUUUGGAUACCUGGAGUAUGCCCAGGCCAGAUUCGAUGCCUACUUCCAGCAGAAGAAGAUCUGGGCUGUCUAAUGGAGUGAUGUAAUGAUUGGAUGGACUGACAACAGGUUCAGCUGAACGGCAGGAGGAGGACAUGCAGGCAGAUAAAGACUCCGCCAUCCACGCUUUACAUAUACUCCCUGCCUUGAGAGGAUUUGCUGGCUGCUGUUGGUAUUUUGUUGACCAAAGCCAAAACCUGAUCGUGCGGCUAGGUGCUUAAGGUACGCCCCACAAUCCAUUGCAGCUCAAAGUUUACACUAUGUAACUCCCUGAGAGCCAAAAAAAGAAAAAAAGCUGACCGUCAUCACUGGUCAGAAGUGCUCUCUGCUUCUGCCUUGCUCCAACCAUAUCACUAACUUGACGGUUAGGUUCUGAGCAGAAGAGAGGUGGAUUUUGGUUACAGCUAGAUUUGAAAUGUUAACAUUGCAUCAAUGUAUAUGUAUUGAACAUUCCCUUAUGGAAAUAUUCUGUGGGAAAUAUCUAAAAUGUGAACUUCUCUUGGUGGAUUCCUGCUUACUCAAGCCAGUUGCUACCUAUGUAUAUUAUAUAUAGACCUCAAUGUGCCAGUAAGCUUGCCCUGUCUAGUACUGAUGGGCUGACUUGUUGGCUGGUGGAGUCGUGACUUGGUCAGAUUGACACUUCUAGAUAUUACACAUCUGCUGUUUUUUCCAUUUUCUUUUUGAAAUGGUUGUAUUUGACAUUUUCGUCAGGCCACGGCAAAUACAGUCGUGGUGUUUUUUUCAAGUAUUUGAAUGGUUGAGGUUCCUCUUCCUGGGUGGCUGGUUCAAUCUAAAUAAUCAAAGAUAUCAAACAUCAGGUAUUUCUGUUAAAAUUAGGUCUGGUUCGUUAUGGGCAUUUAAAUGGAUUAACUCUUGAGUUUUCCUAAACCCUUAAUUUUGUAGGGACAGACAUUGAAACCUGUGACAGAUUCACAUCUCUGUAACAUCUGAAUUAGCCAAAAACACAUUUCAGCCAUGCUUUAAAAGCCCAGGAAAGGGUUUCUAAACUUUCAUUUGGAUACUAGGGAGCUAACUGACCUUUUUCUUGUUUUUUUACUUUUAUAUAUUAUCACUGCAUUGAGAAAAACGUCACACAGUAUGUAUGGCAAUGGUUCCUUGUUGUGGUAAUGGAUUCUUUGUUGACUGUUUGGUGCCAAGUUGCCUCAUCAUCAUCAUACCCAUAAUCCAGAAUAAUGAGACAGUCUGUCACAUCACAUUACAGGUGAAGUUUGCAUGGAUUACUUUUUAAGACAAGUUGUAGCUGCACAACUGUACACUUACUGUUAAUGGGGCACUUAAUAUAUACGGCUUUGACUGCAUCGAUCGGUGCAGAAGAAACUUUCAUCACCUGUCAAACUCACACACACACAUAUUGGCUCACAUUAAGGCCAUUGUCUACUGUAGCAUUGUAAGUCCUAUUUAAUGCACACGUAACAAAGGAAUUCAGCACUGGAAGAGUAGAUAACUGUGCAGUGUGUGCAUCAGGCUUUUAGGCUGUCUCACAUGCAGUGAGAUAAUAGUUAAAGAAUGUUAAAAAUGGUCAGAUGGAAAACUGUGACUGUGUCCUGCUGUCUGUCAUCCAAACAUCCAAACCGAGACUGGCUCGAUUCUACCUCACCUAUCAAGUCAUAAUAGGUGCACCAACCAUGCUCUCAUCCACAGAUAGACAGAUUCAUCAACUGAUUAUAAAACAGCCUCCACUUUGCCUUCAAAUGACACCUUGAUAUCUUUUGUGAAAAGAAGUUGGCACACUUCCUCUUUUCACUCUAAUCGGAAGUGUUGGCAGCAAAGCUUUCCAUCCUAGAAAUCUAUUUUCAUACUGCACAUCUUGGAAGGGUGCAGUACCCAGCCAGUAACAGAGUGUAAUUGACCUUUCACUAAGCCCAUCUCUUUAGUUAGUGUGGCUGGUACCCCUAUCAAGCUUUCUAUUGUAACGCAGCACUUAUGCAGUUUACAAUCAAAAUGGUAGAUUUACUCGACUUUCAUAGUCAUUUUAAAAACAAUAGGUUCCUGAUAGGCAAAACCAGUCGCUCACAACUGUGGCUGACAGAUUUUGGAUAAUUCAGCUAAUUUAAGAUAAUGGGGAGAUACGACACACUCCAUAUGCUAGUUGUAAAUCUGUUCUGAUUUGUGGUUUGUAAAAAUACUUAAGAAAUUACAUCAUUCUUCAAACUGUUUUAAUGCAGAGCAUCACCCACUACAACCCCAUGCACAAAGAUACAAUCCAAAGCUGGGUGGGCCUGCUGCUAUACGUAGCUACAGCCAGUGGUGGAAAAGUAUUCAAAUCUCUUACUUCAGUAAAAGCACUAAUACCACACUGUGAAAUUACUCCACUACAAGUAAAAGUCCUGCAUUCAAAACUUACUGAAGUGAAAGAACAAAAGUAUCAGCAACAAAAUGUACUUAAAGUAUCAAAAAUUAAAGUACUUGCUAUGCAGAAUGGACACACACUGUUUUAUAUUUUCUAAAUAUAUUAUUAGAUUUAUUAUAUUAGAUUAUUGAUGCAUUUAUGUAAGCAGCAUUUUAAUUUUCUCAAAAUAGGGCUCAUUUUAACUACUUAAUAUACUGUUAUGAAAUUUAAUUUUUUUCAAAAGUCUGAUAACUUUAAAUAGAUCUUUCUUUACUUCUAUGUUUAAUCUCGACCUGAAAAGUAACUAAAGCUGUCAGCUAAAUUUAGUGGAGUAAAAAGUACAAUAUUUGCCUCUAAAAUGUAGUGAAGUAGAAGUAUAAAGUUAAAUAUGUGGAAAUACUCAAGUAAAGUACAUCAAACUUGUAUUUAAGAACAGUACUUCAGUAAAUGUACUUAGUUACAUUCCACCACUGGCUGUAGCUGCUAAGCCAUGAAGGGACAAUCACUGUUUGGGAUUUGGGUUUAGCGAAAGUCAAUGGAAAAGCUAAAUUUGGGCUCUAGGUAGUUUUAUGUAAUACUGCAUGGAAACACUUUAGCUAAUGCUUGUUUGCCAUAGAAAGUAUGAUUGACAAAUGGAAAAAGGCUGACUUGCAUAUAAGUCCAUCAAUGUACCAUCAUGUAUACAUGUGGGUAUAUUCACUGUCUGCAUUACCCCGUAUACACUGAUCUGCAGCCUACAUGAGCUGAGGGAACUGAACUGGAUCAUGAAACUAAACAUCACACUAGUCACCUUAUACUGGAACGUCCAGAGGUGUUUUGAAUGUCUACUGUGGCACUUUUGAUCUGAGGACCAGAACCCCCCCACAAAAUACAGUAUGUAUGUACUUGAGUAUAUGAGUGUUAAAAAUUGGGGGUUAUGAACUGUGACUGUUGUUGAAAUGUUAGUUUUAUUUUAUAUGCAAUUGUAUUUUAUUGUGUUAUAUUUCCUUUGGAAUGUGUUCUAUAUACAGUUUUUAAAUUAAUUUUUGAUAUACAAUGGGACUCUGUAUGCACCAGCAGAAUGUGCAGUAGAUUAUACUGGAGGACUAUUAAAGUUUAAAAGUGUUACUGCUGCAUCCCUGUGUAGCAAUAGUCUUUACUUUCUUUUUUUCAGUACCAUUCAGUGGCUCAUUCAUAACAUAACCUGAAUUUGUAUUGAUUUGUUGUUCUUUAAUGAUUUAAAUGUAUUUUGCCUGACCAAUACGUGCUAUUUCUGUCUCAAUUUUCUUGUCCCUUUACAUAAUUUUAUAUAUUUGUUAAGUGGGCACCAUGAUCUGUAACUAUAGUGCAUUCUAUAAUUGUUUCUUUGUUUUCAGUACACUUGACCAAAAGAACUAUCUUGAUCUAAUUAGUUAUUUCAAUAAAAUUGUAAUUUGUCCCCAGUAGAGAACAAACACCCUUACUUCUAUACUUCAUAUAAUGUAUGUAAUAUUUACUAAAAAUAAUAUGCUAAAAAAAUAUCCAAAUAUAAUGAAUGACAAACUUGUACCACAUCAUUCUCAUGAAUGUACUGUGUUAAUGUAAUAUUCUUAUUUUUCGUUUAAAAACAAAACAUUCUGUGCUGUGAUAGCAUUCACAACUACACUUUCAUGUGACUUACAGUGAUGACCAUUGCUAUCUAUGCAGCUAUACUGAAUGCAUAUGUACACAUAAAAAUACACUUUUUAUUCAAGGAGAUUUUGGGUGAACUGCUGCAGCAUAGAAAUUACAUUGGCUGUAAAUGUACUGUUUUGCUUUGCACAAACAAACAAUAAAGAGAAAAUGAAAUGAC